UUUUGUUGGUUUGUUUUUUUUUGUUUUUUUUUUUUUUUCCCAGUGGGUUGCUUGUACUUCUUAUGUCUAUUAUAAUGUACAACUGUUGCUGUCACUUAGGGAUUAUGAAAAGCUCUCUUUUUUUUGCAGAUCAUCCGGUGAAUGAAUUUUUGGAUCUGUUCAGUCGCCACAUACUUCCUCAUGCAGUAGAUGAAUCCCACAUUGAUGCAGAAUCAGCUCAGACUGAACCCUGUACUUCAGACUCUGUGCAGGAUUCAUCUGAAUAUAUAAUAUUGGAUCCUUUCUUUCCAAACUUUGUAGAGUUUGAGGAAGAGGAAGACUGUGAAAAUACUACUGAUGUUACAACUCCUCCAGCUUUGCAGUUCAUCAAUGGAAAGCAACAAGUUACUAGCGCACCUAAGAGCACAAAAGCUGAGGAAGCGAGAAGUGACCAAAUUGAAAGUGUUGCACAUUCCAAAAAUGUAACUUUUUCUCAAAUCAAUGAAACAAAUACAUUUAUAAUACCUGAAAAUGAAGCUUCUGGUACUAUGCAACCAAGCAAAGCUGGAGAAAUGACAGGGGCAUUUGAAGUUACACAACCAACAGCAGAUGUUGCAAUGUUAGAACCUGUUUAUAGUGGUGAGUCAGAAGUUACCACAACUGAUAAAUCAAUAGCCAUUACUUCUUCACAUGAGCAGGCCCUGCAAAAAAAUAAAGAGACUGUAACAUGGCAUGGAACUGAGGAGACAUCUACUAAAGAUACAAAAAACUUGCUUCUGAUUACUAACGAAUCUUCUGGAGAUGGCUCCACCGAACCUGAUUUAUCCAGAUCUGUCUUCUCGGAAAUUGUGACAAUGCCAAGAAAGGAAGACAGUAAAAAAAAUUCUGGUAUAACUUCUGCUCCUACUGUAUUUGCUGUGGAAGGUUCUGCUGUAACUGCUUCUCUGGAUGCAGUUUCUAAUACUGCUACAGUAGGCAUAGGUGUGAAAUACGUUAUUCCAGAAAAGGCAUCCCCUACUCCAGGAAAUCAUUAUAUAUCAACUAUUAAACUUAAUGCAAACUUCCCUGCUGAAAGUCAUACAGCAAAGCCCCAGAUGAAUGCUGCAUCCUUCAUAGUUCUAGAAGGGUCUGGAGACAUGGAAAAGGACAUCACUAUAACUUCAGCCAUGACAACGGAAACAGCAGUAACAGAAGCAGUUUCAAUGCAAGAUAUUUCUCUGGGUUCUGGAACAGUACUGCCAACAGAAAUUUCUAUAACCACUCCAGGAAUCACUUCUGCUUUGCCUAGAGGAAUCAACACUCUGUAUUCCGCUUUUGAUCAAAAUCCUGAAGUAACUGUUGCCACCAAUUCUGUGUCUGAGUUUAUUACAGAAGAAGAAGUUGCCAGCUCUUUUGUAACUGAAAAGAAUAUAAAAAAUGAAAAAGAAACACAAACCACUGUUUAUUCAGUUACUGCUGCAGAGGGAAAUUCAGAGUUGAAUGAACUUAGGAGCACUACUAAUGAAGUCAGAACUGUAAGUCAAGAGCCCACCCCCCUCAGGAAAACAGUACCGGUAACAGGUACCAUGAGUUCUGAAAUAAAAAAGGUUACCACCAUUUCUCUCUUGAGAGAGAAGAAGCUUUUUAUAAAUGAAGGAUCAGGAGAAGAACCAGCAGACGUAUUUUCAGGGGGUCCCACAAGAAAAGUGGUAAGUACUGACUCCCCAUUUACUGAUCCAGGUUCUGGAGACAUAGAUGUUACCAUUGAGUCUGCUACUUUGACUUCAGUUCCAUUAAGACCUAUCACUGUAACUCAAACAGAAAAGCAGGAAGGAAAAGUUUACAGUAUAUAUGACACUUUACUGAAGAAUGCAACAGUAGAAUAUGAAGAACAUGCAAGACCAGAUGAAUCAGCAAUAUCAAUUCCAAGUACUAGGUCAGAUAGCUUGACAAAGGAGCCUGGAGUAGCAAGUCGGAUGCCCCAGGAUGUGUUUAGUACAGGAAACCUGGGAAAACAAAAACAGGAAACAGAACCGGCUAAUACAGCUCCUUCUGAAGUAAAAUCUAGUCCUGAUUCUAGAAAAGGCAUAAUAUCUCAUGUUGCACCAAGAGUUAAAACUGAGUAUUUAGAAACAGGUGAGGUCACAUCAUCUCCAGAAUCAGCGGUUAGUAAUAACCCUUACGACAUCAUGGUGACCCAUGAUACUGGCAGUACAGUAGGAAUAAUUGAAUCUACAGAAAGCAGAAAUGCAGAAGUUAGUUCUUCAGCUGUCUCAUUAGGCAAGAUUCUUCUGAUUGAGCAUGGCUCUGGAGAAGAAUUCAAAGGUGACAGCAGCACCACAGAACUAAUGUCUAAUGGAUCCAUUAAAGAAAUACUUGGAGGUAAUUUCCCAUUUAUUGAUCAGGGAUCUGGGGAAGCAGACAUGUUCAUUGAAUCAUUUACAAAACCAGCAGUUUCACCCACUGGCAAACCAGAAACAGAAGAGAAAUAUGACAAAAAACUUGUCAGCACACUGUCUAUGAAUUAUGCCUUCACUACUGAGUCUGGGGAGCUAGUUACAAGUACUGAACAUGAAUCAACCACAAUGGAAACUGUAACUGACAUGAGAAUGAAAGAGAAAAAAAUUGAUGAACUGAUAGUGAGAGAUUUUUUGACAAAGACUCCUUUGGUGGAAGAUACAUAUUCUGGAGAAGACUGGCCACAGGAAACUUCAGCAAAAGCUGUAGAAUCUUCUAAAGAAACAACAGCAGCCCCAUUAUUUAUAAGUACACAGGCUACCCAUGAACAUCUGGGAUUUUUAAAUGUUCCAACUGCCAGUCUGUAUUCAGAAGAAAAGGAAUUAGAAACUGAAUCUGUUAAAAAAAUACUUUUGCCGUUUAAUGACGACAGAGUAACUGAACCUGCAAAGAUUGAAAGCUCUCCAGUUACAGAUACAGAGCAAAAGGAGGAGUUAAUACAAAAUAUUUCCCCUACUAAAGAUAUUCCCAGUUCAUUCCUGACACCUAAGGAAGAAAAGCUAACAAAUAAUGAGCUCAUCGGUGAUGCAUUUUUUUCAGGACAAGGGUCAGGAGUAGACUUUGCUGUUAUUUCUGCUGUAGUGCCAUUGGCUGUCAAAGAAAUCAUGAGUACUUUAAAUCCACGUACUUCUCAUCCUGCAAAUUUGGGUCCCAAACUAUCAACUGACAGGACACAAGACUUUGACAGAGGAAGCACUGAAACAGAUGUUGAAGUUAAUGAAGAAGUUACAAGUGCUGUAGCUGGGCUGCUGUUAGAAACAGAAAACCAGUUCCCCAGCUCAGUGAUCACCAGUUCCUCAGCUUUAGCAGAAAAGAGUUCCAAUAGCUUCAUCUCUGAGAAGAUCAAAGAGAUGACACAUCAUUUUGUUGUGACUGAAAAACCUCAUGCUAAGGAAACUAACUAUAGGAAAGGAGAAAAUGAAACAGGUGGGACAACAUCUACUGCUAAAGCUGUUUCUCAAGAGGAAACUUUACAUUUACUGAUGAAACAUGGUGUAACUCCCAUUUCUGUAAUACUGCGCGGAACUCCUAGUCUUGAAAAAGAAGAAUCGCUUGUGACCUCAACAACAAAAAUGCCAGGCAGAGUAUUACCUGAAAGCUCUGGAGAAGGCUCUGGCCUGGCUGGUGAUUUGGAUUCAUCUUUGGAUAUGUUUACUCAUUUGUCAAUAUCCCCUGUGUCAAAGGUAGGACUAAAUGCUUCAUCUAGUGUUCCUGGGGAAUCUUAUUCUGAAGUUACAACAACAGAGGCACCAAUAGAUGGACCACAGACUGUCACCACAGGACUGGGAUCCCUUUUUACAGAAGAUAAAGAGAUUGUGGCAAAUCCAUCUGCUGUUCAACCAAAGACAGCUACAUCAGAAGAGCUAACAAGUGAUACUGGGAUAUAUGAGAAAAAUAUCCCCGUGAUUGAUGACAAAAGAAGUGUUAUAUUGAACAUUUCUGUUUAUGGUGAUGUUACACUAAUUGAAGAGCGACUUCAAAUCCCAUCUGAAGAAGCAACUAUUAUAGACAUGGAUCACUCAAAAUCAAUGCCUGAAGAUAUAAUAAGUGUGCAGACAAUGCCAAAUCUUGUUAUACACUCGACGUAUGGUAGUGAUGAUACCAUGACAGCUGAAGAGGAAAAAUACGAAUCAACACCUAAAAUUUUUGUAACCAAAGAGAGGACACUUGGAUCUGAUAGUCUUUCUUCAACUAAUUCUGGUCAGCCAAGCAGUGAAUCAGUAACAGCUGGGCACAGACCAAAAUCAGAUGACAAGGAUCUGGGUUCAGGGAGUACAAUGAAGCUUGCAACAGAAACUCUCAUCACUACCAAACUCUCUGAACUGGGCAUCUUCCUUCCUACAGUGCCAUCACUGGCAAGCCCUCACGUACUUCAUGAGUCUAAACAUGUUGUAACAAGCACAACGGAUGACAACUACAAGCUGAAUACUUCAGCAAACAACCAAGUAAUAGCAGAUGAAAGUGAAACAAUCUCUGUCUCUGGCUUUUCCGGAAUAGGACGAGAAGAACUGGAUGAUAAGCUGCCUGUGAUUCCCUCUCUUACACCGGUUUUAACUACUGAAACAGAAAAGGCUUUGACAACUGACAUGCUUGAUAUAAUUGUUGUCACCACACAGCAUACAUCCCAAAUGACAACUGCAUCAUCUAGCAAGAACGAAGAAAAGCGUCCCACAGUAUACACAAACACAAAAUCGGCAUCAGCAGAGUAUGAAGAAACAGAUUCAGGCUUUUAUUCUGUACCUCAAACUCCUAAAUCUUCAGUGACUGUUCAAUUGGUUAACGGAGUAUCUGAGUACUCUGAUAUAAUCAUUCCAAGUACAUCAUCUUCAAAAGAUUCAGAGCAGCCUGAUCAUUCAUCAGUUGAAACUUUCAAAGAGGUCAGUUCUGAUAUUGCAGCAACAUAUAAACCACCCACCACAGACCUUCUCGACAGAACAGAGUCUUCUCUGCUGGAGUUUUCUGCCAAGCCUGUUUCAGAAAACACAACUACUGAAAGUACUCUUCACUUCAACAGUUUUGUAACAGACAGGAUAGAGGAGACAGAAACCUCUGAUUUGGCUGUUGAGGAUGAAGCUACUGUUUCUGGAGAUUCUCCAUCAAUACAUGUCUUGCCUACUGCUUUUCUGAAUUUUGGAGAAAGAGUGAGCACAGAUGUUCCAAAUGUUAGCACAGUAAAAGUUGAAGCUUCCCCAGGGAGAGUGAACAAUCCCCGUCAAGAAGAUGACAGAAAUACUGAGAGAGAGAUCCCAUGGCUUUUUUCCAUACCUGUUUCAGAUUCACCCAAUAGCAUUGAAAGUGAAGUAUUUAAACCUGACCAGGAAGCAGUUACAAUGCUAGCUUCAUCUUCACAACCUUUGGAUGUAAACACAGAAAUACAAUCAGCUUUGCUUGGUCAAGAGGAGAUCACAACAAUUUCUUCUAACAUUGCAACAAACAGCUUUGCUCCUGGAAAUAGUCCAUAUCAAAAUGAGCAAUCUACAAUAACCUCUGAGGAGCCAAACACUAUUGAACUUGUAACUUCAUCGUUUUCCCUUCCUGAAGUCACUAAUGGAUCAGAUUUCCUGAUUGGCACCAGUGUGGGUUCAGUUGAAGGCACAGCAGUGCAAAUUCCAGGCCAAGAUCCAUGCAAAAGCAAUCCCUGUCUUAAUGGUGGUACGUGCUAUCCGCGUGGUUCAUUUUACAUCUGUACAUGUUUGCCAGGUUUCAACGGCGAGCAGUGUGAAUUAGAUAUUGAUGAAUGCCAGUCUAACCCGUGCCGGAAUGGAGCCACGUGUAUAGACGGCCUCAAUACCUUUACUUGCUUGUGUCUGCCAAGUUAUAUAGGUGCUCUUUGUGAACAAGACACAGAGACCUGUGAUUAUGGCUGGCACAAGUUCCAAGGACAGUGCUACAAAUACUUUGCCCAUCGGCGUACGUGGGACACGGCUGAAAGGGAAUGCCGUCUCCAGGGAGCACACUUGACAAGCAUCUUGUCUCAUGAGGAACAGAUCUUUGUGAACCGCAUUGGGCAUGACUACCAGUGGAUUGGCCUCAAUGACAAGAUGUUUGAGCGUGAUUUCCGCUGGACUGAUGGUAGCCCACUGCAAUAUGAGAACUGGAGACCAAACCAGCCAGACAGCUUCUUUUCUGCUGGAGAAGACUGUGUUGUUAUAAUAUGGCAUGAGAAUGGGCAGUGGAAUGAUGUACCAUGCAAUUAUCAUCUUACCUAUACCUGCAAGAAAGGAACAGUUGCUUGUGGUCAGCCUCCUGUUGUGGAAAACGCAAAGACCUUUGGGAAGAUGAAACCUCGAUAUGAGAUCAACUCCCUUAUUAGAUAUCACUGCAAAGAUGGUUUCAUCCAGCGUCAUAUUCCAACCAUCCGGUGUCAAGGAAAUGGAAGAUGGGAUAUGCCUAAAAUUACUUGCAUGAAUCCGUCCACAUACCAAAGGACUUACUCUAAGAAAUACUACUAUAAACAUUCUUCAUCAGGAAAAGGAACAUUGUUAAAUUCAUCAAAGCACUAUCAUCGCUGGAUCAGGACGUGGCAGGACUCAAGGCGCUGAGAGCGAAAUGCUCCACCAUUCAUGAGGAAGGACUGCAUGGAGGAGUUGUGUAUGACAAAGAGGGCCUGUAAAAAACCCAAGUGCUAAUACAUUAACUUUGUCAAAUGGGGCCACUUUUUUUGAAAAGAAAUUAAAAAUGGGGAAAAAAAAGUUAGAAAUUACUUUCACGACAUUAACCACAAGGUCUGUAUUGCAGGUCUCUGCAUUCUAAAAUGGAGAUAGACCUGGUGUUUGGGGGAUUUUUUUUUUUUUUGUAAAAACAAACAAAAAUCAAAAAAGUAAAUAAUUUUGUAUAUAUAACCA